AUUCACGCCGCGGCCAUUUUGAAACGAGAACGAGGCUGACAGCGCAAACAAUGGAGGUGCGUAAAACGAAACUAAACGAAUGGAACCAAAAUCUAAGUCUUAUGCCCUGCGUUUCGCAGAGUAAAAUUGAUGAAUGGGCCAACAGCGUAGCUCGCAUACCAAGAGCGAAACAAAUCAAGGGGUACUCAAAUUUCAUCGAAGGGUACAUACACAACGUAGAAGGUGAAAAUAUCAGCAGAUGCCUCUACAAUCAUUGGUUCAGAAUGUGAGUGCAAAGCAGGGAAUGGACACUGCAGCCAUUCUUUAGGUCUUCUCUACCUGGUAUCCCAUUACCAGAAACUUGGACUAACAGCUGUUCCACCAGUCCAGAGCAAGACAUCACUGCCACAAACAUGGCAUAUUCCCAGUAGAGUGGAAGGACUUGCUCCGAAAUCUGUGGAUAGUUUAGAAAUUUCUAAAAUCAAACCACAACAGGGUCCUCCCAAAAAGAAAAAGAGGGUCACUGAAGGCAUUCUACCCAACAUUUACUGCCCUGUUGAGAAACCUAUCUCAUCAGAUUUCUCUCAGCAGUUGAUCUUGAACUUGAAGUCUGUUGGAAGUGAUGCGCAGAUUCUCAAAAUUCUGCCCUCCACUUCAACACGUACAGUAGAAUCAACAUUUGGUCCAGUACCCUUUGGAUGCCCAUUGUCAUACCAACAGAAAUUAAACUCAACAAUCACAGACAUACUUAACCAUCCAGAUGUAAUUUAUCCCAAUUUUCCAUAUCCAAAUUUACAACAGGCCUACAAUGCAGUUUUGCCUGAGAAUCAACUAAACAUGUUACUAGGAAUGCACGUCACUGAAAAUACCAGCAGAGAAGUGGAGGAGCAAACAAGACUUCAGAGUCACAACAAAACAUGGCAUGAUGUCAGAAAAAACCGAAUUACAUCUUCAGUGUUUAAGGAUGUAUGUUCGCGCAGAUCAGACUUUGCAGCUCUUGCUUCCAGACUUCUGAAGUCUAAAAACAUAAUGACGGCUCAGAUGAAAUUCGGCAUAGAAAAUGAGCCAGCUGCUGCAAAAACCUAUAGCGAGAUAACAGGCAAUAGUGUCUAUCUGUGUGGGUUUGUGAUAAACCCUAGUGCCCCAUAUCUCGGCACAUCACCGGAUAGGAAAGUGUUUGAUCCAAAUGCAAUUCCAGAGUAUGGACUCCUUGAAAUAAAAUGUCCGAGCAAAGACUCAUUUACAGAGUGUAGAUAUCUUGUACAGAACAAGAACAAUCAUUCAUUUAAACUGAGGACCAGUCACGGUUACUAUUUCCAGGUCAUUGGCCAAAUGGCACUAACUGGACUGAAAUGGUGUGACUUUUUUGUCAAGUGUAGACAUGAUUUUCACAUGGAACGAAUAUCAUUUGAUCAGGACAAAUGGGAUUCAAUGAAGUCUUCUUUGGACAAAUUCUACUUUGAGGAAAUGCUUCCACAAAUAUGUCACAAAGAUUAAACAGUGAAAGCAGCAUGUACAUUGUGUUGUUAAUUUUAUUUGACAUGGAUUCUAACAAAUACAUGCAUGUAAUAUUUUCUGUUUCUGUAGAACAAGUA